UUCGACAGCAACGAACAAUCCAUGUUUUGUUGUCUUGUAACCUGCUUUAGUAUAGAGUAUGCCACUGUCUCACUGUAAAGUUAGUGUCUUAUGUGAUAGUGAUGGUCAGGUGCCGCAAAAAGAGGAAUGCACGAGAUAGUUGAUAAACCUGAUAGUCUCUUAUGACAUAUGGAUCAUGCAGUGUGGAUCUCAUCAGAGAGUUAACUAAUCGUGAAGUUGUAGCCAGCAAUCAGCUGUCAGUUUUGCUAGCUAGGUAAUUUUGAGUUGCAAUAAUGGUUAUUUACAGUGCCUCAAGCUAUGUUCUUUUAGGUUUGGCAAACCUAAUCAUCAUGUCUGCAUGUAUGGACUAUUGUGAUACUAUCGAAAGCUGUCACGGGCCUGCUGACACUAUGUCAGACCGACAACACUACAUUCAUGCUUUCAACUUCAACAAGAGUGUGGAGAAACACUUGCACGAUUUGGACCACUUCAAACUGUCGUGUAAAAAGCUAUUAGAAUCCUUCCCCCUUGACCAAGUGGAUGGUAUCUUUGUUCGCUCUGUGAAGAACUGCAUUUUUUCAGAGUCUGACCCAACCCCACUCAAAGGCCCUCUGAGACUUGCGGCUGUUUCAAAGGAGGUCAUUGAGGGAAUGUUGGGUCUAGAUGUUGCAGUGUCCCAGUCAGAGGAUUUCCUACAGUACUUCAGUGGUGGUAAACUUUUUCCUGGAUCCAGCCCUCUGACACACAGAUAUGGGGGUCACCAGUUUGGCUACUGGGCAGGUCAGUUAGGAGAUGGCCGAGCACAUCUCCUUGGUGAAUAUACGAGCAGAAAGGGUGAAAGAUGGGAACUCCAGCUCAAAGGCUCUGGAAAGACUCCAUAUUCAAGGUCAGGAGAUGGCCGAGCUGUGGUCCGCUCCUCAGUCAGAGAGUUCCUGUGCAGCGAGGCCAUGCACUAUCUGGGUGUUCCUACUAGCAGAGCUGCCAGCCUUAUUGUAAGUGAAGAGGCAGUGUGGAGGGACCAGUUCUACAAUGGGAAAGUAAAGAAGGAGAGAGGAGCGGUUGUCCUGCGGCUGGCCACGUCAUGGUUCCGGAUCGGAUCAUUGGAGGUUCUGGCUAAAGCUGAAGAACUUGACCUUUUAAGGAAACUGUUGGACUUUGUGAUACAGGAGCAUUUUCCUUCCAUUGAUUCAAAUGAUCCAGGCAAGUAUUUGAUAUUUUACUCCAGGGUUGUGAAUGAGACCGCUCACCUCAUUGCCCAGUGGAUGUCUAUUGGCUUUGCACAUGGAGUAUGCAACACUGAUAACUUCAGCCUACUGUCUAUCACCAUUGACUAUGGACCGUUUGGCUUUAUGGAGGCCUACAACCCAAAUUUUGUCCCCAACACAUCUGAUGAGGAGGGGAGGUAUAGUAUCGGAGCUCAGGCCAAUGUUGGUCUGUUCAACCUGGAGAAACUCCUAGAAGCCCUAACUCCAGUGCUGACCAUAGAACAGAGGCAAGGGGCUGGGCUAGUACUGAAAAGGUACCCACAUAUAUACCAGAUGAGGUUUCACCAACUGUUCAAGGCAAAGUUAGAUUUACUUGGCGAGGAGGAGGAGGAUGAAUAUCUCAUUGCAUUUCUGCUUAAGCUGAUGGAGGAGACAGGUGCAGACUUCACCAUGACCUUCAGACAGCUGAGUGAAGCCUCAAUGCAGCAGCUUCACAACAUGUCUAACUUACAGGUGAUGUGGGCCCUGCAGAACCUGGCUUCGCAUAAGAUGUACCCCGAGUGGGUCAGCAUGUAUCUGCAUAGAUUAAAAAGGCAGGGAGGUGAUUCUGAUGAGGAUCGUCAACACAGGAUGAAAAGUAAGCAGUCGCCACGGGAACGCCGACAGAUUGACCUGAUAAGCACGCUCCAGUCCUCUGACAGAUUAUGCAGUCCUCUCCUACUGAAUAAGGGGAUCAAUCCCAGAUACGUGCUGCGAAACUGGAUGGCAGAGUCUGCAAUACGGAAGGCUGAGGGGAAUGAUUUCUCAGAGGUGGAGCUGCUGCAGCGGAUACUGGCACAACCCUACCUCACACAGGACGCAGCAGAGGAGGCUGGUUAUGCAGCACAACCCCCAUGGUGGGCCCAGGGGUUAAAUGUCAGCUGUUCAUCAUGAGGGAUGCCUCUGCCCCAAUGACAGGACAUAUAUUUGCAGUGUAUUCAGAAUGUGUUCAGUGCAAAACAUUUAUCUUGAACACGUCAUUCAGGAUAACCAGUAUCUGCAUUGUUUAGCAACGGAUGUUUGACUUUUCACAAUUAUCUUUCUAGCUAUCGUGGUGGAACUAUACAUUUAGUUCAGUGCACACAAAAAAACAUUCAUGCAACUGUUGGAUGACCAGAACCCUGAUUGCUGACCUCAUGUGAUUCAAGAUAAAGGAAAGGGCACAGACGCAAUUUUGCAAACACUCAUAAAAUGUAAUGACAUUUCAUUCAUAAUACAGUCAUGCUGAGCAACA